AUGAGUACUCCGAACGCGAGCUCCAUCCUCGAAGCGUGUGAGAUCGCUGACCGAUUGGGAUUGAUCCGUCCCAUUAUCGAGCAAUCUCAGUACAACAUCUUCUCUCGAGACCGCGUCGAGUACGAGUUUACGACGUUGUACAAGCGCUAUAAGGUCGGUGUUACAGCGUGGUCACCGCUCGCGUUCGGGACAUUGACAGGCAAGUACACAGCCGAUGUCCCUGAAGGCUCUCGCUUCACAAUGGAGCCCAUCAAGAAGAGCAUGUUUGGUGGGGAGACGUUCACCAAGAACGUCGAGAAGGCUGAGAAACUCAAGGCCAUCGCCGAGAAACUGGGCUGUUCCUUGGCUCAGAUGUCACUAGCUUGGUGUCUCUCAAACGAACACGUUGCGACUGUACUAAUCGGAGCGAGCAAGACGUCGCAACUGGAGGAAAACCUCAAAGCGCUGGCUGUCGUUGACAAGAUCACCCCCGAGGUGAAGGCGGAGAUCGACGCCAUUGUCCAAUACGUGCCGUCUCAACCAUGGGUCGACCACCUCCAGGACAUCCGCAUGAGGCACCUUUAG